AUGUGCGAAGUUCAGUUCUCACGAGAGAAUGUUUCGUUGGCUCAUCAUUUGCUUGAGGUCGGUAAGCAAAUCCUCAAGAAAAUUCCUGAUCCAUUGUUUGAUGGACUUGCUGUGAUCGAUUAUGAGCACUGGCGACCUCUUUUCGAAAUGAACUGGGACAAAAAGAAAGUUUACCAGGAGCAAUCUGUGAAGCACAUACGAAAUAGAAACCAUCGCAUCCCGGAAACAAUAGCAAAAGUUCUAGCCCGAUGGGAGUUCGACGAAGCCGCACAAAAAUUCUUCGAGGAAACUAUAAAAUUAGCACGUCAACUUCGCCCAAGAGCGCUUUGGGGCUAUUACCAUUAUCCGUUUUGUAACGCAAAAGGCAACCACAGUAAGUACACCUGCAGCCGGGACGCAAUGGGAUAUAACGACAAGUUGGCUUUUAUAUAUAAAGCCAGUGAUGCACUUUUUCCUUCUAUCUACUUGAACGGCCAGAAAUCCGCAGGAGACGCUUUUCGCUAUGUUCAGGCUGUGCUCACGGAAACGGAACGCAUUGCCAAAACGCAAAAACCUCCGUUGAAAUUCUACACGUACACAAAAUUUGAAUAUGAUCCCUACGACAGCCCCAAGUGGUUCUACAACGAGGCGCGUUCUUUUCACAGACAGACCCCACCAGACCUCAAAACAGUCGAAACUUAG